AUUCUAAACGUUUAUAGGAAGGACGUCCAUCGUUCUCGCUCAAAGAUGCCAAAAACUGCAUUUCCCAGAAGGGACCUGUUUAUGCGCGCAGACUCCGUCGCUCUAAACACUUGCACAGCUCCCUCCUCCCUACUUUAAUGCUAGCUAAGAUGGUGGUUUGAGCGUAAAUGGUCUCCCCUGUGCUAAGAAAAGAAAGGGGCAAAACUUCUCUAUAGACUUUUAAUCACAACAGAACAACAAUACUGCGGUUAUCUUAAGUGACCGGCUAUAGAAGAUUUGACAUUUCAGACACAUUGGCUCGCAGUCCCCGCCCAAUUCGGUGUGACUCCCUUGGAGUGGAAUCCUAAGCUAAAUACGGACAGGCCCUGUGCUCUGUGACCAGCUACAACACUCUCCUAAGCCACACCAUAGGAUGUCCCACAGCCCUGAACUGAAGGACGACCCCAUGGAGUGCCCUCUGUGCAUGGAGCCGCUGGAGAUUGAUGACGUCAACUUCUUCCCCUGCACGUGCGGCUAUCAGAUCUGCCGCUUUUGUUGGCAUCGCAUCCGCACAGAUGAGAACGGCCUCUGCCCUGCCUGCAGAAAGCCGUACCCAGAGGACCCCGCUGUGUACAAGCCGCUCUCACAGGAAGAGAUCCAGAGGAUAAAGAACGAAAAGAAGCAGAAACAGAACGAAAAGAAGCAGAAAGUGACAGAAAACCGAAAGCAUCUGGCCAGUGUCCGAGUAGUCCAGAGAAACCUAGUGUUUGUGGUUGGGCUCUCACAGCGACUCGCCGAGCCGGAGGUCCUAAAACGACCAGAGUAUUUUGGGAGAUUUGGGAAAAUCCAUAAAGUGGUCAUCAACAAUAGCACAUCCUACGCAGGUUCACAGGGGCCCAGUGCCAGCGCUUAUGUCACUUACAUCCGCUCUGAAGAUGCUUUGAGAGCAAUACAAUGUGUGAACAAUGUGGUUGUUGAUGGCAGAACACUGAAGGCUUCUUUAGGCACAACAAAGUACUGCAGUUACUUCCUUAAAAGUAUGCAGUGCCCCAAACCUGAUUGUAUGUAUCUACACGAGCUGGGAGAUGAAGCAGCUAGCUUUACUAAAGAGGAAAUGCAGGCAGGGAAACAUCAAGAGUAUGAGCAGAAACUCCUCCAAGACCUCUAUAAAAUUAACCCUAGCUUUUUACAACCUCCCGCAUGUGGAACAGAGAAGUCAAAGGGUAAACCCAACUCCACACAGAGAUCCAACAGUACCAACGGUAAAGAUGGGUGGCCGACCCUGUCAGGACACAACAAAAUGGCCAACGGAGUCUCAGAGGACCGCAAGUCUCCUCCGCUGCUAGACUAUCUAGACCAAGAAGUUCUCACUUCAGAUGGGCUAGAAACGGAUCUAGUUCCUGGUCAGCAUUCAGCAUUGUCCCCCUUCUCCUCCAACUGUGACAGCAACAGUCCCAGUGACAAACUCCCAGAGUCCAUCGGUAUGGUGAAUGGAGAGACUUUACAACAGGUGCCCACCAGCAACUCUCCCUCUCCUCCCCCUGGUUUAACCAAGCCCAGCCUCGUGGUGCCCAUCAGCGUGUCAGACCUCGCAGUCCGUUCACCCUUCGAGGGAGCAGCCGCUGAGUCCCAGUCGCUGUUUUCAGACAACAGUAACUUCAGACAUCCUAACCCGCUCCCCGCUGGCCUGCCCCCCUUCCCCAGCUCCCCUCGCGGCAACUCUGACUGGCCUAUGACCCCCGAACCACAGAGCCUCUUUGCAUCAGACACAAUACCAGUGUCUUCUUCCACAGACUGGCAGGCGGCCUUCGGCUUCGGCUCGUCCAGCAAACAGCAGGAUGACGAUCUGGGCUUCGACCCCUUCGACGUCACUCGCAAGGCCUUGGCUGACCUGAUAGAGAAGGAGCUGUCUGUGCAGGAUCAGAGCCCCUUUUCCCCGGGGCUCCUCCCCCACGGUGGGAACAACCAUGGACUCGGCCUGUCUCCAUUCAACCCCAACCCCGGCACCCCACACCACUUCCCCAGCAGCAUGCCACGCCUGCCCCCGCUCCACCACAGAGCCAUCUACAGCUCCUUCAGCUUCCCCGGCAGCCAGAACAGCCCGGCCAGUCAGCAGCAGCAGCCAGCCGCCAGACACCCCUGGAUGGGCGUCCCGACACGGAAUAACCUCACACACUUGAACCACUCAGCUAGUGCUGCCUCACACAGUAAUUUCCUGGACCUGAAUCUGCCCCUUCAGCACAACACAGGGCUGGGAGGGAUCCCCAUCUCAGAAAAUAGUGGCUCUAUAGACGGCUUAAAUGUGAAAGAGUGGCAGGACGGCCUGAGAGCGCUCCUGCCCAACAUCAAUAUCAAUUUCGGGGGCCUCCCAAACUCCUCUUCCUCGUCAUCCUCCUCGUCCUCCAACAGUGUAAACCACAUUGGUGGGCCGGUGGGGCCAGCAGGCAUCUCACACAGCCUGAGCUGGGACAGCUCAGCCAGUUGGAUGGACCCUGCUAUCAUCACAGGCAUCCCGGCCUCAGCAGGCAACAGUCUAGACUGUCUCCAGGACGAUAACCCACCACACUGGCUCAAGUCCCUGCAGGCGCUCACAGAGAUGGACAGCCCGGCCAGCUCAACGGUGCCAACUCCACUCCAGCCCAACCACAGCGGCCUCCUGGACGCCCACCUCCCGCUCCACCACAGAGCCGCCGGCGGCUGGGCUCCCUACCUGGCCCCGACCACAGCCAAUCCCGCCAGCCAGUUCCACUCACCUCCACCCGGCUUCCAGACCGCUUUCAGACCCCCGGGACAGCCCGCCACAGAGUUGCUACAGAGUGCCCCUGUGGACCGUCACUGAACAGACUCCAGCAAACACCCCCCCACUCCCACUACCACAUUAUACCCACUCACUCUGUAACCCCGCCUCCCUCCCCUCAAUGCAAUACACACCAAUCUGCAGAGAAUGGAAAAUGAUUAACAAAGUAACAAACACACUUUCUUCUUUUCUCUUCCUCCUUUUGUCUGCUCCGAAUGCCUGUUUGUUUUUAUUUGUGCACAAGUGUUGGUAACCUUUACCUGCUACCACCAUUACAACUCAUUAGACACAUCUGUGGGCGUGACGCGGGGUUCAUCGCUCGGCUCGCUGUUAACGGAGAGCACAAGAAACGGUGUGGCUUCGAGCGCCCAUCAGUGACACAAGAGUUAACUCUACAAACUGACCAAGAAACAGAUUACUGAAGGGAGACCAUUUUGAAAAAAAGUAGCAAAUGAUUAUUCAUGAAAAACAUUUUGUGUUUUUUGAAAGUUGAAGUCACGAUGCGUUUUCGAGGAAUGAAGCAAGCUGUGAAUCUGCUCUUGAAGCUUUGCCCCAAAUACCCUCAUCCUCCCCACCCACCUUAACAGGAGACUGUAGAGUGUUUAACCCUCAUAGCUGAUGAGGUGACACUCACACACACUCAGAGAAAUAGGUUUUGGCACAGCUGAGAACUGGUUAAUCAGAGAGCGAAUGGUGACGGUACCGGUGGACCCAGGGCUCAGGCUAUGUACGGAGCUCCCUGUUAGGUAGGGAGACAGGCGGCCGGCUUCAGAGCCCUCCCGGCCCACUUUGCAGUUAGAGGCCCCGCCCCGCUAGAGGAGAUUUUGCUGAACCUCUGUAUCAGAGGAUAGAGCAGUGCCUAACCGCGGGGCGCCGGGCUCUGGGAGAUUGUGGCACACAUUCUCAGCACUAGGGUUGGAGUCUUGCUCACAGUGCCACUGUGUGGUACCUACAGUAACUAGCCCUGACACGGACGGCCACCAUGUAGAUGGCACGAUGCCUGCUUGGAGGAGGAUACGUCAGAAAUGACUAACGAGGGCAGCAAGCAGGUCCCUUUGUUUGGCACACGGGGGCUUGAACGAGGCCUUAACAUGGACAGAUGAGAGGCAGGAGUGAUGGCAGGAGGAGUCUAGCGUCAAUGGUUGCUGGGAAAUAUGCAAUAUUGUAUGUGACUGCAGUGACCGUAUGUCCCAAAGUAAGGUGCUGCAAGACAAUACCACGUACUGUAGUAGUGAUUUAGGGAGCGUUCAGCCUCUAGGAUUCGAGAUCAACCUCUCCGACCACCGCUUUUUUCCUUUUUAAUUUUUUUUUAUUGAAGUCUUAAUUCUGAUAUUCUGUCUCUCUCUCUCUCAUACCUAACCCCCCCCCCCUGCCCCCCUGCCCCCCUCCCCUACACCUCCCCUCCUGCUGUUCCCUAUUUAACAGUAUUUCACAAAAAUGAACAAACUCAUUCAGGAGAAGCCAACAGAGUCCUUCCGUGGGUUUUAACAUGAUGUUGCGCGGGGGAAAAAAAACAAAAACAAAAUCGAGACGCUUAAAGAAAGUGAACUGUCCUCUGCAGGUCUGAAAAAAUGAACCGUAAAUAAAACUGAAAACUCUGGA